AUGCUGCGGCAUAACUGCUUACGCGCCCAGUUGCGUGCUGCGGGUGGUAGCAGUUUGGGAAGCCUUUGCCGGGUAAAUAGGAAUGACGCCAAAUGGUACGGAUACUACGUUAACCAUGUUAUAGGGGGAGGAACGUGCAGAUCUAUCACAAGCGAAUGCAUGAAGAGGCACAAAUUAUUCAUGCAACAUGUUCGACGCUUCGGUGAUCAGUCCAAUUAUGCGACAGCGGGGAGAAGACCCCCCCCAAGUGAAGGAGACCAAAGAAAAGAUGACCCAGACGUAAUUCGAACAAACAACAGUGAGAGAAAAAAACAACUGGAAGAGGAGAUGAAAAAACUGCAUGAUGAUAUAACAAGGGAAAAAGGGAACCACAAAAAAGUUCUACUGUUAAUCUUCACAUGUGUAGUAGGCUUAUACAUGUACUUCGAAUCAUAUGACCCUGAAUUUUUUCUGUAUGAUGUUUUUUUAAAAAUUCUUUUAAAGUAUGUGGACGGGGAGAUGUGUCACGAUCUUUUUCUCCUCAUGGGAAAGUACAACUUGUUGCCAUAUGACACAAGCAAGGAUAGCAUAUAUUCCUGCCCAGAAAUAAAAGGGUUGGAAUUUAUUAAUCCUUUUGGAGUCGCUGCGGGGUUUGAUAAGAACGGGGUGUGCAUUGAUGCGAUACUGAAGUUGGGUUUCUCUUUUAUAGAAGUGGGAACCAUCACUCCUAAACCACAGAAGGGAAAUGAAAAACCAAGAAUCUUCAGGGAUGUAGAAACGAGGAGCAUUAUAAAUUGUUGUGGAUUUAAUAAUAUUGGGUGUGAUGAGGUGACUUUAAAUUUGAAACGCUUUCGAGAGAAACAGAAGACAGACAAACUGCUGCAGAGACAUUUGGUUGGAGUUAGUUUGGGGAAGAAUAAGGAUUCCCCUGAUAUUUUAGAAGACCUCAGUUACUGCAUCGCCCGGAUUGGAAGGUACGCCGAUUAUAUAGCCAUUAAUGUGAGUUCCCCCAACACGCCUGGACUACGUGACAAUCAGCAAUCGGAGCGUUUGCAGGGAAUUAUUCUGCGGGUGAAGGAGGAGGUAACCAAGUUGGACCAGGGGAGUGAUGUUAUGCGUGACGGACCCUGGGUCAACACGACCAAGCGAAGGCCCCUCAUCUUCGUGAAACUCGCCCCAGAUUUGCAGGAAGAUGAAAAAAAAAAAAUAGCAGACGUGCUUCUCAAAACGCAAGUCGAUGGGAUGAUCAUUUGCAACACCACCACGCAAAAAUUUAACAUAAAAAAUUUCCAAGACAAAAAAGGAGGAGUUAGUGGAGAAAAGUUGAAAGACAUAUCAACGAAUUUUAUUUCACAGAUGUAUAAUUAUACGAAUAGGAAAAUCCCCAUAAUUGCCUCUGGGGGGAUAUUCACUGGAAAAGAUGCGUUGGAGAAAAUUGAGGCGGGGGCAUCUGUAUGUCAGCUGUACUCAUGUUUGGUCUUUAAUGGAAUGAAGGCGGCUGUGCGGAUCAAGCGUGAGUUGGACCACUUGCUUUACCAGAGGGGGUACUACAAGUUGGAGGACGCCAUUGGGAAGGCCCACCGGGGGGGCAAGUAG